GUGAAUGCUCACACUGUGUGUCAUGUCAAAGCAGCAAAGUUGUGCGGGCUGAGCAGGAUUAGCUCGAUUAUUUUUGCACGAUUCAGUGCCAACGCAUGAAGUAUCUUAAUCGCAUGUCUUACUGUAUCCUUCCUUGUUUUGUAACAAAGCCUACGUAGAAGGAUAGGAGGAGUAGGUGGGGCGGCAUGGAAGAGGAUGAAACAAAGGACAUUGAGUCCCUGAUGGAGGACAUGGAUUACAUUCCUGGUCACUUCCACCUGGACCUAAACCUCAACUGUGAUCCCAAAGGACCUUUGAAACUGAGACACAGAGACACUUACCUGAAACAGGAGAGUCUAAAGGGGGAGCUGGAGGCUGAAGCUGGAUAUUUACAGUACGCUGUUCGCAAUCUUCUCGGGCUGCUGGCUUUCCAUCUCGACCACCUUCAAACUGCAGAGGAAAUAUUCAGAGGCAUUUGCAAAGAAGACCCAGGGAACCUCAACGCUUGGGCCAACCUUGGCUAUGUGUACGACAAGCUGGGAAGGGAGCUGGAUGCCGGAGAAUGUGUGGAGAAAGUAUCCCAGCUGAUGGGCUUAGACGCUGAAGAGCCCACCCAGGAAGACACCAAGCAAAUGGCGGCCCGCUGCCUGGCAGAACAGGCCUAUGUUUACCCUUACGAUGUGGAGCUGGAGAGAGAGGAUGAUUUGAGGGAGAAACUGACGACAGCCUUGGUGCACUUCAACAGAGCUUUAGACUACGGCGGUCACCUGAUACCAGUGGAAGAAAAGAGAAGUUGGUACUUUAAGAUGGCAACCAUUUAUAUAAGACUGGAUGACAUAGUCAAGACCAAAGAGGACGCUGAAUACUCCAGACUCGCUCAUUAUAAUAAGGGGCUACGGCUUCUCACAGAAACACUUGAAUCGGAGAAAACACAACAAAAAGCUCUUUCCUGGUGUUAUGUUGGCAUCAUGUUGGAGAGACAGGAUGAGUUCCCCACAGUGCCCAUGUCCAUACACGACUGCGGCUAUUCUGCCACCGAUCCUUUAUCCUGCUAUGGAAAUGCUAUAAAGUUGGCAAAUGAUGAUGCGUUCAUCCUUAACCUCCUGGCCAAGCUGUUCUUUCUGUUGGGUAAGCAUGAGAUGGCCACGGGGAUCUGCAACAUGGCUCUCAAUGUGCUGCCGGAUCCUGAGCUCAAUUGGCAGGCUUACUGCACCCUUGCCAAGAUCAACACAAUGCUCUACGUCAGGGACCUAGAAAAGGCCAAAUGUGGGGAAGGCGGUGUCCCAGACAGACAAAUGUUAACCGAGGCCCAGAAAAACUUGGACAAAGUCUUGGCUGUGUGUCCUUGUUUGAGGACUCACCUGGAGAUGGCACAGGUGUACUACUACAUGGGUGUAGAUGCACUGCAGGAGAGCCUUUUGGUGGAUGAGGAAGCAAUAAACAACGCCUUGGUGAGUCUAUCCCAGGCCCGAGUGUACGAACUGGGAGACAGCUUGCCUGACCUUCACUUGCUGAAAGGACGCUGCCUCCUGCUAAAGGGCGAGGAACGAAAUGCCGCGGACUGCUUCAACUGCGCUCUCGACUUAGAGAGACCGACAAGUAGUGACACCACGGCCCUGCGCUGCCUCCUCCAGGCCUUACUAGCUGUGUUCAUGCAAGGAGGUCCUGAGCUCAACCAAGUUAUCACCCAGAUGGAGCAGUGCCUGCAGAGGGCUGAGGAGAAGUACCCCGAGGAUGUGGUGAAGGCUGAGCUGAGGUGCCUUUAUAGGACAAACACGGCAGAGGUCACGGAGUUGUCUCGAGCUCUCAUCAGGACAGGACGACUGCAGCUGGUCCGAAGGCUACUGCAGACGGUGGCCCCUGAACAAACGGCUAAAAAGAGAACAUUGACAAAAUCAUUCCCCUUUCUAUGAUGUUCACAAAUGUGAUUUGACCAAUGACAAAGGAACUGCACAACUGCAUUUCAGAUGACAUCUUAAGCAAGGCUGUACUGUAUUGAGGUCCUGCUUCAAUGUACAUCACGUAUUCAUACUGUGAAUUCACUCAUGACUACAGUAAUAGUAUUUUAUUUCAGUCAUGCAUUUGCUGCAUCUGGAUUUAAAUCACCGUCUUCGACGGUCGGUGCAUGUUGUUUACCUAAUAUCAAAUUCGGUGGCAUUUUCAAAGCAGAUUGUUGGCUAAGGAAAUUCUACUUCACUCACAAUGGAUUUAAGUCAGGCUGCAUCCAGCAGAGCUGAGGGAAAAAUAAAAACACUUCUCUGGGGACUUUUCAGACCAUAUCAAAAAUUUUAUUCUGACAUUUGAGUCUACAGAUCUUAGACUAAUCGUUUGUGGAGUACUUCUUUUUCUGAAGGUUUUCACGAGUUUUCAUCAAUGAAGCCAGGGUCCAUCGAGCUGAUUUAAGUGCAACUGGCCUGGGAGAAAGUUCCAUUCAAAGCACUCUUUGCAGUUGUCUAGAUGGACAGGUUCCAAGUCAGCUGGGACAGGCUCCAAGCCCUGCUGGCACCCUGAAUUGGAUCAGUUGUGUAAAAAAUAAUAAAAUAAAAUGGAUGGAUGGGU